CAAAAAUCCGCGCGCAUGUUGUCGGAGCACUCUGUCCGUGUUUUUGUGCGAAACAAAAGUGUUUGUAUUGUAAAUUUUCAAAGUACUCUAGCUAGUUUGUGUGCCCGCUGAGCAAUGUCGAAAAGCAAGGAAAAGUUUCCCAGCUCCCCAAACACACUGCACAACUACUUUGCCCGUUCGCCAGCCAGUACGAAGAAACCCCCGGGCGCCAACCCAUCAACCCCUACGAGUGCGCUUGCCGCUGGGCCAAAAGCAAUCUCCUCCGCCUCCUCCCCUCAAGCCAACAGCGGUACACCGAAAAGCUCGAAAGCAGCCGUAAAGAAGGAAAUCGAAUCAGCUGGCAAAGAAAAGCGUCCCGCCGUCGUAAAGCCGGACGCCGACGAGGGAGACGACGAGCCGAUCGGAACGCAAAAGAAGCGUCGCCGUAUCCUGCUGCUGGAUGAUAUAUCGGAUAAUGAGGAGGAGGAUGCAGGCGGUCGCAACAACGAGAACAAACCGAACAACAAUAACAAUCAGGAAGGGUACGAUGAGCAGACGGGGACGAAGCGGUUCGCGCUGCUUUCGACCUUUGAGCGGCCAUUAGAAACGGCUGACACGAGCGAAAGGCAGGCAGGCAAGGGGGAGAAACCGCUCGGCGGAACGGACGAGGGACCGGUGCAGAAAAAGAUCAAGCUGGAAGCGCUCGCCGAACCGCACGACGAGGACCCCGGAGCCGUGCUGGACGAGCCGACCGUUUGGACGCACCAGAAGCUGGACUUUUUGAAGCCCAACAAAAUCAAGGACAUUCACGGCAACCGGCCGGGCAGUGAGAAGUACGACAACAGAACACUGUUCGUGCCCGAUUCCUAUCUCAACACGCUCACACCGGCCAUGCGACAGUGGUGGAUCUUGAAGAGCAAAAACUUCGACUGUGUGCUGUUCUUCAAGGUGGGCAAGUUUUACGAGCUGUACCACAUGGACGCCGAGGUGGGUGUGACCGAGCUCGGGUUCAGCUUCAUGAAGGGAGAGUUCGCGCACUCCGGCUUUCCCGAGGCGGCGUACGACCGCAUGUCGACCACGCUGGUGGAGAAGGGCUACAAGGUGGCGCGGGUCGAGCAGACCGAAACGCCGGACAUGAUGCAGGAGCGGUGCAAGGUCGAACGCACGACCAGCAAGUACGACAAGGUCGUGCGACGCGAGAUUUGCCAGAUCACCGUUAUGGGUACGGAGGUGUUCGGGCAGCAGGUUACCAUCACGGCCAACCAUCAGCCGCGGUACAUGCUGGCCAUCACGGAAAGUGGCCGCCAGGGGACGGCGGGCUGUCGGUACGGCGUUUGCUUUAUCGACACCUCGAUCGGACUGUUCCAUCUCGGCGAGUUUGAGGACGAUAAUCAGCAGUCCCGGCUGCUUACGUUCCUGUCGCACUAUCCGCCGGUGCUGGUACUGCACGAGCGAGCUACGCCGUCCGAAGGGAUGCAGCGCAUCUUCAAAACAUUGCUAGCGAACGUCAAGCGGGAAGCCCUCACGGCCGGGACACAGCUUUGGACGGGCGAGAAAACGCUCAAGUAUCUGGCGGAAACCGUCUACGGGGGUUCGUCGAGUGAAGGGUCCAAAUGGCCAGCGACGCUGCGCACCAUGCUGGACGAGACGGACAGUUUGGGAUUGACGCCGAAGGAAUCGUAUCAGCUCGCGCUGAAAGCACUGGGCGGGUGCGUCUGGUAUUUGCAGCGAUGCCUGCUAGAUCAGCAGGUCCUAUCCCUUGCCACCUUCGAGGAGUACGUACCGUUGGAUGAGCAUAGAGAGGCAACGGAGACGAUCGCACAGCGGAUAGAUGAUGCUGCAAGAGCCAAACGGUUCAUGGUGCUGGAUUCGAUCACGUUAAACAACCUGAAGAUCGUCGGUUCGGAAGGCUCGCUGGUGGACCGGAUGGACCACUGCUGCAGCAAGUUUGGCAAGCGACUGCUGUACAACUGGGUGUGUGCGCCGAGCUGCAUAAAGGAGGAGAUCCUGCAGCGACAGGAAGCCGUGACCGAGCUGAUCGAGAACGUGGACUUGCUGCAGGAUGUGCGUCAGAUACUGGGGCAACUGCCGGACAUGGAACGGCAUUUGGCGCAGAUUCAUGGCUUUGGGCUCGCGCUCCGCGACCAUCCCGCCCGACGGGCCAUCCUGUACGAAGAGCACGUGUACGGGAAGAAGAAGAUGCGCGAUUUCAUCGCCACGCUCAAAGGGUUCCAAUCGCUGCUCCCACUGCCCCAAAUGUUUGCCAGCGUACACUCGCAGCUGCUCGUUCGCCUCACACAGAAAGCUAACUCCAACCCGGCCGGUGCCUUCCCGUCGAUGGAGAAGCAGAUCGAAUUCUUCGAAAGCUCGUUCGACCACGAGAAGGCACUCAAGAGCGGCAGCAUCGUGCCGGAGAAAGGGCUCGACACGGAGUACGAUGCGAUCGAGCAGGAGAUCAAAGAUUUGAACGCCGAGCUGGAGGCGUAUCUGGCGGAGCAGAGCAAAUUCUUUGGCUGUACCGUCAAGUACUUCGGCAACGACAAGAAGCGCUUCCAGCUGGAGGUGCCGGAGGGCAGGGCGAAGAAGGCCACCGGCGACUACACGCUCGAGGGCACCAAGACGGGCAAGAACGCGACGAAGCGGUUCCACACGGAGGAGACGCGUCGCUUCCUGAAGCAGAUGAUGCUGCUCGAGGACCGCCGAAAAUCGGUGCUGAAGGAUCUGGCGCGACGAAUCUUUGAGCGGUUUUCGCGCGACUACGACAUGUGGAAGGGCUGCAUCGAGCUGGUGGCCACGCUCGACGUGCUGACGUCGCUGGCGGAGUACGCCCGCACCGAGGGCCUCUCGUGCGUGCCGGUGCUGCUGAGCAAGGACGAAACCAUCGGGGGCAAAUCGUUCAUCGAGAUCGAGGAAGGCAUCCAUCCGUGCCUGUCGAGCGAGGCGGCCGAAAAUUUCAUCCCCAACGGUACGGCUAUCGGGGGCGACGGGAAGGCGAACCUGGUGCUGCUCACCGGCCCGAACAUGGGCGGCAAGAGUACGCUCAUGCGGCAGGUGGGUUUGCUGGCCGUGCUGGCCCAGAUUGGAUCGCGCUUGCCGGCCGAAGCCUGCCGCAUGACGCUGAUCGAUCGCAUCUUCACGCGGCUCGGUGCGAGCGAUGACAUUAUGGCCGGCCACAGCACUUUCCUGGUGGAGCUGAACGAAACGUCCGCCAUCCUGAAGCAUGCCACCGCCGACAGUCUGGUGCUGCUGGACGAGCUGGGCCGGGGCACGGCAACGUACGACGGGACGGCCGUGGCCGGUGCGGUCGUCCACUUUCUGGCCGAUCUCAAGUGUCGCACCAUGUUCUCGACCCACUAUCAUAACCUGGUGGACAGCUUCCACGAGGAUCCACGAAUCGCACUGGGGCACAUGGCCUGCAUGGUGGAAAACGAAGAGGGUGAUGAUCCCACGCAAGAGACGGUCACGUUCCUGUAUCGCUAUACCGAUGGGGCAUGCCCGAAAUCGUACGGAUUCAAUGCAGCCAAGCUGGCGGGAAUGCCCACAGCCAUCAUCAAGCGUGCGUACGAGCUCUCUAAAACUGUCGAAAAGGAAGCGCUUAAGCGCAAGAUACUGAUGAAGCUACUCAAGCAAGCACCACAAAACGAGAUCAAGGAUCUGGUGGUGAAGCUUAAAUCAUUCCAGUUUUAAGUGUGUCCGAAUGGCUUUUUUUUAACUAUCUUCAUGUUAACCACUAUUAAUCCACACCACCAUACACCACUCAGUAUACGUUUAGACGUUACGUGCCAUAAGUACAAAUUGCAAACGAAUGAAAAUACAUACGCUGAAAAUUCGCUGCUUCC